AUGGCAGACAUGAACGAGCUCUUGGAGAGGCAAAUCCAAGAAUUUAAUGAAAGAAGGCGUAGACGAGCUGCAAGCAAAAGGGCGCAGGCAGAACUUGAUAUGCAAAUUGUCGCAGCAGUGGCUAUGCAAGAUGAAGAAAAUCAGAGUCGCGGUGGUUCACGAGAAGGUCGUAAACCGAAUGUGGACAGGCAUAGACAUUCUCGGGGUAAGAAUCUUAUGGAAGAUUAUUUUAUCCCAACUUCUCUGUACUCUGAUAGAAAUGCUGCUGGAAAUUUGGGACUGCUUCCCGAGCAAAAGUUCACAGUUGUUAUCCGAAUGUUGGCGUAUGGCUCAUCUGUUGAUCAAGUGGAUGAGAUUGCCCGAAUGGGGAAGUCCACUAUUUUGGAGACCUUGGUGAGAUUUUGUGAUGCAGUCGAAACUCUGUACAGCAGGGACUACCUGCGCAGACCUACGCCCAGGGACUUGCAAAGCCUUCUACAAAAGGCGGAAGAGAGAGGAUUUCCAGGAAUGAUUGGUAGUAUCGACUGCAUGCACUGGCAGUGGAAGAAUUGCCCGACCGCUUGGCAAGGCGAUUAUGGGAAUCGAAAAGGCCAAAAAAGCAUCAUCCUUGAAGCCGUUGCCAGUUUUGAUACGUGGGUUUGGCAUGCUUUCUUCGAAGUUGCCGGAUCUCAAAAUGACUUGAACGUCCUGGGUCAAUCCCCGGUGUUCAAUGAUGUUUUGAGAGGUGAAGCCCCAAAUAUCACCUAUCAAAUCAACAAUACCGUGUACCAAAAUGGGUAUUAUCUAGCUGAUGGCAUCUACCCGAGGUGGACCACAUUUGUCAAGUCAAUUCUGCAUCCACGAUCCCAGAAGCAAAAUUUUUUUGCUACAUAUCAAGAGGGGUACAGAAAAGAUGUGGAGAGGUGCUUUGGUAUCCUCCAAGCCCGAUGGGCUAUUAUUAGGGUUGCGGCACGUAUGUUUGAUGAGGAGGUGCUGAGGAGCAUAAUGAUGACAUGCAUCAUCCUCCAUAACAUGAUUGUGGAGGAUGAGUACGAUUAUUCAUCUGAAGACGUGUACGAACCGGAUCCAAUGAACACGGCCUUGACACGAAUUUAUGAAAAACCCAUUGGGCUAAAUGGAGAACCAGUGCAACAUGAACCGUUGGUUAGGGACGGUGGUGUAAUGACCCGUAUGAUUGAUCGAUAUACGGAGAUGCAAUCAUCUUAUAUUCAUGAACGACGUCAAGUUGACUUGAUCGAGCAUUUAUGGGCGGUGAAAGGCAAUGACGGUUAA